AUGUCAAUCAACGGUUUCCUCAAACUUGCGCGUUCAUUCCCAGAAGUCCUGAACCAGGAUGUUCUCAUCAAACUAUCGACUUUCUUGCUCUAUGCACCCCGUUUCAAGAACGACAUCCUCCUUGCCCAAGCGUCAAACUGGCCAACUACUGAUCCACCAAUGUUCCUGCCUCAAUCCAUUCUGCACCUCCUGUCUAAUCUAUGUGAAAUUGACACGGAGUCAAUACAUACAUUAUGGUCAUACCUCAAGGAAACUGUGUGGGGAUACAAUGAGAAGGCAAAGGCUGUGGAUGAAAGGUUCAAGUUGUUUGGGAAAGACCUUGGUUAUAGAUCUUUAUACCCUCCUGUUAACUAUUGCACAGACAGUCUCUGUGACCGACCAAAGAAGGACCUUAAGCUCCAGAAGGCAGACCAAACACAAGGCGUACUCUACACUUUGGAUGGCGUUCGCCCCGUCUGGGUGAUAAGAUUCCAAUGCGAAGGGUGUCAAACAGCCUACUACCACAACUAUUCUGUAAAGAACGGCAUGCGAAACUAUUAUGAUGGUGCUAUACCAGAAAUUAUUCAAGUUGGAGAGCACCAAUUCGUUGAGCUGAAGGUUUUGCACAUGUGGCGUGCUGAUACUAAUAUCUCAUGGAAAUCCUUUACAAACUGUGCUCGUACAUAUGAAGUUGCACUUGCAGGACCUGGCAGCAAUGGCCUUCCUUCCAACUGGAAAUUCCAAGCUGCACUUAAAGGUGAUCACAUACAAGAUGGAUUCACGAUCCUAUCUCUGCUUGAAGACCAUCGUGAACGAAUUAGCACCUUGAUAGUACCUCACACCGGAGAGCAAACAGAUCGGUUCACACAGGCUAUCAAAGCGCGAAAUGCUCGUAUUAAACUAUAUGGACAAAAGGAAAUCUCGCACCGGUGCAAGAAGUGUACGCGUAUCUAUGCUGCCAAAGACGGUGAGCCGGCUUUGUUUGUGUGGGUCGCCGUGAUGGAUGGAAUAACGUUGGGACAUAACUGUUGUGCUGUCCACAACUGCCAAAUUCCAUUGACUACCUCACGGGAUCGUUACUGUGCAAUACAUCGUAACCUGAGUAGCAUUUGCGCUAUCAAGGAGUGCAACAGACCUGUUCUUGAAGGCAAAAGGACCUGCCAGCACCCAGAUCACAGGGAGGUUGAGCGCAUGUAUAUCCUGAGAGGCCAGUCUCGUGUUCAGCUGCAGGACAAGUUGAAGCGUCAACGUGUAUCGCAUCUCAAUGAUGGAAUUGCUGAGGAGAUCGAAGUUGGGGAGCUUAUAGACGGUGAUGUCGAGGAGGAGGAGUUUGAGGUGGAUGAGCAGGACCCGAACUUGGUUCAUGGUGUAAAUGAUGGCGUUUCAGACCCGCGCGGCGCAUCACCUCCACUGACUGGUGGUUUAACCAAGAAAAGAAUUUCGGCACAAUUUGGGAGGCGGAGGACCCACAAUGAGCAGAUUUUAGUUGCUCCUUGUGGUAUGAUUCUUGCGCGCGAAACAUUCUAUGGGGCGGAGGCAAUCGCAACAUGCGCGGAAUUUGUGAAACGUACGUUCAGCAUCAACCACCAAAAGCCAAAUCAUUUGUUUUUCGACAAUAACUGCUCCCUCUCCAAGCACGUCAAAGGCGACCCCUUCUUCAAAGACAUGGGACUCACGGUGGACGUGUUCCACUUCAAUUGCAAACACUCAGUCAAAGACAAGUAUUGCCAAAGCAACUGCAACCCCGUUGACUAUGCUGAAUUGCUAGAUGAAAAUGGCAAGGGUUGGUAUUUUAAUUCUUCCAUUGCCGAGCAGACCAAUGUGUGGUUAGGGGGGUUCCACUCAAUUCUUCGCGAGAUGCGAGUCGAUCGAUACAAUUUUUUCCUCGACACCAUGAUUCUACUUCGAAAUGCGAUGACCCGUGAUAAGCUCCAGAAGGACGGUCAUUUCAUUACAGAAACGGGCUAUGUAUGUUAA